UGGUGAAACUCGAAUUUUAACAACAACAACACCAACGUCCAUAUUGGAGAAGCCUCUAUAUGAUGCCUAGUCGCAUUCACGGCCUCCUCAGUUUCCAAAAUGGCGAACCGGACUGUAGGAGAUGCAAAAUCUGUGAGAGGAACAAAUCCUCAGUAUCUUGUAGAGAAGAUUAUUCGUACAAGGAUAUAUGAAAGCAAAUACUGGAAAGAAGAAUGCUUUGCAUUAACAGCUGAGCUGCUUGUUGAUAAAGCAAUGGCAUUGGAUCACAUUGGUGGCACAUUUGGUGGCAAUGUCAAACCAACACCAUUUCUGUGUUUAAUACUGAAAAUGCUCCAGAUACAACCAGAAAAAGACAUUGUUGUUGAAUUCAUAAGAAAUGAGGAUUAUAAGUAUGCCAGAGCCCUUGGCGCAUUCUAUAUGAGGCUAGUUGGAACCUCGUUGGAAUGUUUCAAGUAUCUCGAGCCUCUGUAUAAUGACUACAGAAAGAUGAAAAGGAAAGGUCUCGAUGGAGUUGUGAGUGUCCUACACAUGGACGAAUUUAUUGAUGAGCUUCUUCAUGAAGAAAGAGUUUGUGAUAUAAUUCUUCCCAGAAUACAGAAAAGAGACGUACUUGAAGAAACAGAACAAUUAGAACAGAGGAAAAGUGCAUUGGAUGACGAUCUUGAAGAUUUGGAGUCAGACGAGGACGUAGAUAUAAAGGUUAGAGAACUUUUGCUUUGUUUUUUGUAUGCAGUUUGUGUCAUAUACCUCCCAGUAUGGCCUUGAAAGCAAAGAUUUGCUUUUGUUGUUUCAAAACACCAAUCCAAUCCUCUCUUGGUAAGAGUGUCGAACACUGCUUUAGUCUUACAAUCCUCGCUUGAUAUGCCUCAUAAUAUCAUUUGCUGCUCAUCAUUUUCUGCUUUGGAUCAAAGAUUAGCUAUAUGUUUUUAGUGGUAUAGCGAUAUCAGCAUUUUAUAACAGUUAGAGCCAGUUUGAUUAGCUGCUAUCACUCUGGGAUCUAAACUCUAUCACUAUCACUCUAUCAGCCUUACUCUAUGACUUUAAAUUUCUCACAAUCACUCUAUCACUAUCAACCUAUCACUUUCAUUCUAUCACUAUCACUCUAUGACUUUCGCUUUAUCACUAUCACUUUAUCACUUUUUCUCUAUCACUUUCACUUUAACACUAUCACUCUGUCACUAUCACUCUCUCGCCCUCACUGUGUCACAAUCAUUCUAUCACUUUUACUCUUUCAAUAUCACUUUGCCACUAUCACUCUAUCACUGUCACUAUCACUGUGUCACUAUCACUCAAUCACCUUCACUCUUGAAUUUCAAUGGUUUGCGAAAAAAAAUCAUUCUUAUCAGAAUUUAGUUGCUUCUGUAUUUUGGGGAUGGCUGUUAGUAAAGUUACUGAGAGAAGAUAUUUGACAUAAAUGAAAUUGAUGUACGAACGCUGCUUAGUGACACAAAUGAGACACGUUGGUACGAAAAUGAAUGCUGGAAUUCCGUGUGAAAUUUCCAAUUUUUGCAAUAAUAGAAA